UCUCACUCACUUCCUCAGUCCCACCAAAUUCAAAUUCCUUGGCAUCUCUCUCUAGAUAAUAGCCACUUUAGUGUCACUUUCGCCAUAUCUCUCUCUAUAGUAACUCUCUCAAUAAAUAUUAUUGUCGUGGGGAGAAAAGCUUAUAUUAUUUAUAUAUAUACGUCCAUAUACCAUUGUUGGUUCCACAAGUGUUAAGAAUUAGGAGGAAAUAUAUAGUAGCUAGAAAUAAUAGUAAAGAGCAUGUCUAAGUCAUCAGUUCCAGUAGUUCAUUUGGAGGGCGGUCCCACCAUGAUCGUCGGGUCUACAGGGUUCAUAGGGCGGUUUGUGGCGGAAGCAUGCCUUGAGUCUGGGCUGAUCCCUACGUAUCUUCUAGUAAGGCCGAGCCCAAACUCCCCUCCUUCCAAGGCUGCCACAAUCAACUUCCUCCAAAAUAAAGGAGCUACUAUUAUUCACGGUUGCAUUAAGGACCAAAAAUUGAUGGAGAAAAUUCUGAAGGAGUACAAGAUUGAAGUUGUGAUAUCAACUAUUGGUGGUGGAGGUAUUUUGGACCAGCUCAUUUUGGUGGAUGCUAUUAAAGCUGUCGGCACUGUCAAGAGAUUUCUACCAUCGGAGUUUGGGCACGACGUAGACAGAGCUGAUCCGGUGGAGCCAGGACUAGGUAUGUACAUUGAGAAAAGAAGGGUGAGAAGGGCAGUAGAGGAAGCUGGAAUCCCCUACACCUACAUUUGCUGCAACUCCAUUGUUGCUUGGCCCUACCACCACAACACUCAUCCUGCGGAUCUUCUCCCACCGUUGGAUGAGUUCCUUAUCUACGGUGAUGGAACUGUCAAAGCUUAUUUUGUGGCGGGUUGUGACAUUGGAAAAUUUACAAUAAAAGCAAUGAAUGAUGUUAGAACAGUAAAGAAAGGUGUUCAUUUUCGACCCCCUAGCAACUUGUUUAAUAUCAACGAUCUUGCAUCUUUGUGGGAAACAAAAAUUGGACGCACUCUCCCCAGAAUCGUUAUGACAGAGGAUGAUCUUCUUACCGCUGCUAAAGUAUUACCUGUUCCAGCAAACAUUGUUGCAUCAUUCACUCAUGACAUUUUCAUCAAGGGCUGUCAAAUUAGUUACUCCUUGGACAAGCCUUCCGAUGAGGAAGUCUGCGCUCUCUACCCAGAAACACCGUUUCAGUCAAUCGACCGCUGCUUUGACGAAUUUGUGAGCAAGAUCCUGGCUAAUAAGGCAACUCCCAACCCAACAGGAAAAGAUGGUGUUCUUGUUGUUACACCUCCUGAACCAAGACGACAAGUCAUAACAGCAUGAUAUCAUAUAUAUAUUUAUAAUUAUUUAUUAGUUUAGAAUAAUAUUAAUUAGAAAAGUAUGCAUGUCGACGAGAACUGUAUUGUUAAAUAAUAAUAAUAAAAGCCAGUAUCAACUUCGUUGAUUCUGACGUGAUCACAAGUUUUUUGUU